AUGAACAUCAACAUCCAUGGCCACGGCCAAGGCGGCGCUGACCGCGCCGACCAGAACCAAGGCGGAGAUCGUCACAACUCGAAUCCACUUCAGACCAUGCGGCAGCUGGAGCAUGCAAGGGAGGCUGUGCUACAACGGAUCGACUGCCGCUACCUGGCAGAGAUCGAGAGGAAACUAGCUUUGGUCCGGACCCAAGUCUCAAACGGUGGCGGCCCUCAUCACAAUCGUCCUGGACCUGGACCACAGAGUCUGGGGUCAGGACAGUUGGCUCGACCGAAGAUGGCCCAACAAGCACAUACGCGCUUGCAAGYCGCAAUGCCACGACCUGUGGCAGUUGCAACUGAGCGACACACCCACGAGCCUGGAGAACACAGAGAACCGGCAGUACAGCAGCCAGAGAUACCUAACGCUGUACCUCAUGGUCUCCCUGGCCCUGCAACAUUUGCGGGAGCGAGAGAAGUUGCAGGUGAUCUCAUCGAUUUGACGUCAAUCGCAGAUGGCGAAGAACGCGAACCCCGUCCUAGUCAUGUGAACGGUCCACCUCCGGAGACUUCUGGUGAGGGUCAGAAUCAGGUAAAAACACAGCCUCCGGCGGAGGUCACGACCCCAGAGGUUCCUGCUGGAACUCCGAUUCUCUCGGACCAAAUCCAACCGACGCCAGUGAAGAAGGAGUUGGUGACGCACACAGAGUAUUCAACCCUAGUCACCAAUCCCGAUGGUGAUGGAUACGUCGAACUCCGUUGCCAGGUCUGCAAAGGCAACGCUUCUAGACAGCAUAACGCCCUGGGCCAGCUCAAAUUCUUCAACGGCGCAAACGGAUUUCUGUCACACUAUCGAAUCUGCCAUCCGAGCAAGAUAGACGCGGGCGAGAGUUUGAGUCUCUUGGGGAUUGUGCGCAAAUUCACCCAUCGGAUUCUGACGGAUGAUGAAGUCAAGGACAUGUUGGCUAGAAAGGUCGGUGCGUACGCCGUGGGCCACUAUCUCGCAGCGGCAAGCGAGGAGAAUUCGAAGAUCCGUGGACCACGUGAGAAGGGAAAGCGAAACAUUGCUAGUACGGGGAAGAGCGGUGUGAAGCAGGGGGGGCAGUCGAAGUCGAUUCCAAGAAAGCGACCUGUUAAGGUUGGCCCAGCAUAUGGGGACGACGAUGACGACGAGGACUACGACUUGCCAACUAAGAAGCACACUAGGAGAUUGUAA